AUGACUAUUGGGAAACGGGCUGAACAUGAACUCUUCCCUGUCAACAACUCUUCCCCAACGUUACCCGCCCAGAACAUCUGGAACAUGGAUGAAAAAACCCGCAAUGCUCUUCUGAAGAAGUACCAGACGCAGCUGGCUUCAGGAGCGUCAACCGUCUGUGCAACUUUGGCUGUUACGCCCCUAGAGAAUGUUAAAACCCGCAUGCAAACUCACGACUUCAAGAACAUUUCUCAAUGCAUGCGCUACUUGUGGCGGACCGAGGGACCUCGUGGCUAUGUUGCCGGUGCUCUCCCACCCCUGGCAAGUGUAACCGCAGUCCGGGUAGUCAAUUUCACCUCAUACAGUUGGGCCAAGAUUCGGAUCUCCGACAUGAUCCGCCAGAUAACUGGAGUAUCACCGCUCGCGGAAUACAAUAAACCGAGCAGCACACCCACAGUUAGUGGUAUCAUGACCUUUGCCGCUGCGGGUGCGCUGGCUGGUUUGAUCUCAUCCCCCCUUGCCUGUCCCUUUGAGCUAGCUAAGAAUGUUGUCCAAACUUCGGUCUUAGUGUCCAACCGCGCACAAGCUGCCCCUGAUGCUGCCCGAAACCCUGACCUGCGACGCAAACCCCGGCUGGGAACUGUGCAGGCUAUCCGGCAAAUUGUCAAACGUCAUGGCUUCCGAGGACUUUACACAGGCUUUCGCUUACAUGUUCUGCGCGACACUGUGGGCUCCGGCCUAUAUUUCAGCGUUUAUGAGACCGUCAAGCAGGUGGCAGCGAAGGAGCUGGGUGAUAACAAAUCGCCUUUUGGGGCUCCCAUGAUUGCUGGUGCCAUCUGUAGUACAGUCCCAUGGGUUUGCACCUACCCCCUCGACACACGCAAGACCCGUGCUCAAAGUGUCUUGCUUGGUAAAAGCAAGGAAAUUGGAGAGGCAUCAGCUGCAGUUGCUAAGGCGAGCAUGUACAAAGGCAUGUCAAUCAUUCUGAUCCGAACGGGGCUGAAUAAUAUGAUUUUGCUUAGCAUGUUUGAAUUCAUCAAGGCCAAAAUCACAGAGCUUCCAGAAGAGUGA